AUUUCUCCCCAUGCCUGUGUGGGUUUUCUCCGGGAACUUCAGUUUCCUCCCAAAAACAUGCAACAUUUAAUCGGACGCUCUAAAUUGCCCCUAGGUGUGAUUGUGCGUGCAGCUGUUUGUCUCGUUGUGCCCUGCGAUUAGCUGGGAACCAGCUCAGGGCGUACCCCGCCUCCUGCCCAUUGAAAACUGGGUUAUGCUCCAGCACUCCCAGCGACGAUUGUGAGGAUAAGCGGCAAAGAAGAUGGAUGUUUGCAUAGAGUGUGGUGGUGGGGGGGGGGGGGAUUUGCAGUUACCUAGUCAAUUUUACUCUGAAUUUGAUGGUUCUACAAACAUGUACUGGUGAUUACAUAGCAAGUAUUAAACAUUGGAUUAUUUUAAAAAAAGACAGAUUUAAAAAUAUAUAAUAUAAAUUACUAUGCGCGCAGUUUUGUGGCGUGUGUGAUUAACGCGUACACAGCACCACCGAAUCAGAUUCGCUGCCGUUCCACGCCCCCAGCCAAUCGGCGUGCAGAAGGGGCGGGACUUGCGUACAAUCCGGACAGGUACGUCAGUCUUGCUUUUUUGGCUUGGGCCGAACGAGUCGAAUUAGUCCGGGGAAUUUAUUGACAGUAUUUAAACAAUAACACUUCCGCGUGGUCCAUUUAUUUUCACUUUAUUUCGAGGAUUGUUUUUGGGUCUCGUCGACAAGGACGGAAACGAGCGAGCUUGUUGGAUUCCUUUUGGAAAAAAUGCUCGGUGAGUUCAUUGGAAUAGAAAUGGUUAAAAAUUUACGUGGAAAUCGGCGACGUGGUUAGAACGUGUACUACGUCGCCAUAAUCGCAUUUGUUUAGUUUUUAGUAUUGUACUGUACAGUAUUUUGCGGCAACUUUGAAGACGAGACGCUGUCCACGGUUCUGGGGAAGCCCUGAGGUGACGUCACGAGGAGGGUUAAGUUUAGUGUCGGGUAACCAUGGCAGCGCACCACGUGACUUCCUGUCCAUUCUGCGCUACAUUGCGCCACAUAAUUCCCACUGAUUGCAGCAGAGGUGGCAAAUGUACUAUCUGCAGAUACUUGGGUAAAAAAAAAUAAAAACUAAAGUGGAAGUACCUAUUUAGUUUCUACACUAAAGUUUAAAAACUUGAUCCUUAAAAGUUGUUUGAAAAAAGUAACAAGCUAAUUUUGACAAAGAAGCUGAGAGGGAUGCAUCAUGGGAAAGGAUGACCAGACACGUGACUGCAGGAAGCCCAAACGUCAGCUGUUAUGUCACAAAAGCGCGUUCGCCUGAACGGGGACGGCUCCGGCAGGCCCCAUGGCUCAUCCGUCGGACCCCUCGUGCAGGGAGAAGACCCCCGGCGCACUGGGGAAGUCGCACCCGGGGGCCCGCAAUAUUAUGCGGAAGAAGGAGCAGCAGCAGCGGCGGCGGCGGCGAGGAAUCCGAUCUUCCUCGCCCAUGGGCCGCGUCAUCCUGAUCAACUCGCCGGUUGACGGCGGCGACGACAGCGAAGACCUCCACACCAUCACGGUGGACAAAAGCGAGGACGGCAAGCUGGGCUUCAGCGUGCGCGGUGGCUGCGAGCACGGCCUGAGCAUCUUCGUCAGCAAGGUGGAAGACGGCAGCACGGCAGAGGCGGCCGGCCUGCUUGUGGGCGACAAGCUGGUGGAGGUGAACGGCGUCAGCCUGGAGAGCAUCACCAUGAGCAGCGCCGUCAAGGUCCUGACGGGCAACAACCGGCUGAGGAUGGUGGUGAGGCGGGUGGGCAAGGUGCCCGGGAUCCGCUACUCGAAAGAGAAGACCACCUGGGUGGACUUGAUACACAGGCGCAUGGUGGUGGAGGAAAGCGGGCGGACGCCUUCGGACGCCAGCGGGGGAAGCGCUCUCCGCAGGAUCGUCCACUUGUACACCACCUCCGACGACUACUGCCUGGGCUUCAACAUCCGCGGUGGGAAGGAGUUUGGUUUGGGCAUUUACGUCUCCAAGCUGGAUCCCGGCGGCCUGGCCGAGCAGAACGGGAUCAAGAUGGGCGACCAGAUCCUGGCCGCCAACGGCGUGGGCUUCGAGGACAUCAGCCACAGCAACGCGGUGGAGGUGCUGAAGAGUCACACGCACAUCAUGCUGACCAUCAAGGAAGCCGGCCGCUAUCCCGCUUACAAGGAGAUGGUGGCCGAGUACCGAUGGCUCAACAAGUUGGCCAACGGGGGUCAGAAAUCUUCCUCGCUGGGGUCUGAGUCCAACUCGUCGGCAUCCUCACUAUCCUCGGAAACACCGGUCAGUUCUCUGAGCGGCCUGUCCCAGGUCAUGUUCCCGCCCAGCUUGCCGUUUGCCUCCGACAUGGUGGACGUGGGCAUCUCCACCGAGGACCAGAGGUUCGAGUCAGAGCGGAGCGAGGCCGCCAUCCAGACGGACACCACCCGCAGCCGGGGGGCCACCACUCUGCUGCGGGACACGGCCAUCCGGCAGGAGGAAAACAGAGACGAGGGCGGUCCGAGGAGGGAGUCGCGCAAGACGGCGGUGCUGCUGGCCCUGAGUCGACCCAGCCGACCCAUCAGCCGCUCGCAGAGCCAGGCCACCAUAGCAGAGAUCAGCCAGAUGAUGGCCAAAAAUCAGAAAGGAGGAAAAAACUCGGGGGAGAAGAGCGCCCUUCAACGCUCAAAGACGCUGGUCAACUUGCUGUUCGGAGGUGCACGCAAGAAGGACGCCUCCAGGGGGCGCUCAAAGUCGCUGUCUACUGACAAAGAAGGUUGGACCCUCGCCGGAGGUCCGAGCACUGCAGCGUUUCCGGAAGAGACGCUGCGAGCGGUGGAGGAGUUGGCGCAGCGUCUGCUGACGGAGGAGGAGAUGGAAGCAGUUAUGAAGGCGUGUCGGACGUACCUGGAAGAAAAGUGCGUGGAGACGUUAAUACGCCACCUACUGGCCGUGCUGGAUAGGCCUGAAAAACUGCUGCUGCUCAGGGAGGUCAGAAUGUUGCUCCCUGCUGCCCACCUCCGUGAAUUCAACAGCACCGUGGAAGCGGUCGAGGUGGAGGCGUACGAUAUCCUCAAGUACCGCUCAGUCCGAACACCGCCUCUUCGCUCUCCGGCGACCGGCCGAGCUCCGAAACGCCGCCUUAUCACGCCCAUCCCAGAUUUGCGAGGAGGCUUCGAGCUGCACAGUGCGGCCAUGGUGGAGAAGCAAAGCCACCUGGUAGACAAGCUGGAAAAGCUCAGCCUGUCUGGGCCUCGGGCAUCCAGGCAGCGACGGCGGCGCCCCACUGCCCCCUUCAGGCCGCUGCUAGACGUCCCGGUGGAUGGGUACCAGUUCACGGAGGACCACAAACACUGGCCCGCGGGGAGCCCGGACCCCAACUGGCUGCUCGCCGGCGAGUGCGAUUUCGGAAGCCUCGCCGCAGUGCCCUCUGACCUGGUCUCAGAUUCUGCAUGUUUGAAUGACCGCCAUGCUCCACAGGAGUAUGAACUCAAAACCGUCAGCAUCUCCAAGACCAAGCAGUCACUGGGCAUCAGCAUAUCCGGCGGGAUGGAGUCCAAGGUCCAGCCGGUGGUGAAGGUGGAGAAGAUCUUCCCGGGGGGAGCCGCCUCAAGCUGCGAGGUCCUCAAGGCCGGAUUCGAGGUGGUCAGCGUGGACGGCGCGUCGCUGCAAGGCGUCACCCACCAGCAUGCCGUUGACCUCAUCCGAAAAGCCUUCAGCAACAAGGCCAAAAACCCCAUGACGCUGGUGGUCAAAGUGCCCUGCAAAGCAUCCAAAGACGACAUUAGCACAACCUAG